AUGCAAGCCCCAAAUCGAUCUCGUCAGAAAGAAAUUUUAACGGUUGAACGAGAAACUGAAUGUACUUUGAAACUGAAUGAAGGAACUGACGAUGAAAUGGUAUGCUAUGGAUACCAGAAAGACUAUAAGAAGAUCUACUUUUAUUACAUUUUGUGUCUACUAACAUGUGGAUUUAUGAUACUUGUUGGCUACUGGAAAGCAGAAUGGAAACAUAUUUGGACGCAUAAACGUUGUCCUAUUUCUUUGGCAGACUCUAUAAUUAUAAAGGACAGAUACAAUGUUAGAGAGCUGGCUGAAAUGGAAAAUAUACUGGAUUUCGAGUGUUGCGAUCAAGAAACCGAAUCAGAAAACGUGAGCGAUAAUAUUAGCAUUAAAGCUUUCAUUAUACCAAUAGGAAUAGAUUGUGAUAGUAGUAGGGCAUUAAAGGACUUGAGACAGGCUGUACUCGUCGUGAAAUACGAUAUUAUUUAUCGAACGGUCUUUCUAAUCAACAAGCAUGCAGAAGAUGUCCCUCAAGAUUUAUCAAGUACUGAUCUCGUCCCUGGUGACUUAAUUAUUAUACCGACAAAAGGCAUUAGGAUGGAAUGCGAUGUGGUAUUAAUAUCUGGUAAUUGCGUUGUUAAUGAAAGUUCUUUAACAGGGGAGAGUAAUCCAUUUUUGAAAACUGAACUAAUCGAAUUUGGAGUAGAAGCGGAUGCAGCUUAUAAUCCUAACGUUCAUAAGCAGCAUACUCUAUUUGCAGGAACACAAGUUCUUCAAGCGCGUAGUUUAAAGGAUUCGCACGUGAUGGCUAUCGUUAUCCGAACAGGCUUUUAUACGCUGAAAGGAAACCUAGUUCGUGAUAUUUUAUAUCCUAAGCCAAUGGAUUUAAAAUUAUAUCGAGACGCUUACGGUUUCUUAGGCUGUAUGGCAGUAUUAGCGGUUGCAGGCAUGAUAUACAGUGUAGCUAUUCUAAUCCGAAAUAAUGUAAGCACGCUUCGAAUCAUUGCACGAGUUGUCGACGUUAUUACCAUUGCUGUUCCUCCAGCUUUACCUGUUGCUCUAUCAAUUGGAGCUGGAUAUGCUUCUUAUCGAUUGAAAAAAUCUGGAAUCUACUGCAUCAAUCCUUCGAGAUGCAGGAUCAAUUUAAGUGGAAAAAUCGAUUUAGUAUGUUUCGAUAAGACAGGUACACUUACUGAAGAUUUUGCUGAAUUUAGUGGUGUGCGAGCAUCAGCAAAUGGAAGAUUCUUGGAUAUGUGGACAGAACUUGAAGGUCAUCUGCACGAUAUAGUAACCACUGUGAUGGCUACUUGCCAUUCUUUAACGUGGCUUCGAAAUGAAAUAUGUGGCGAUCCAACUGAGAUCGCCAUGUUUCAUGCAUCGAAAUGGCUGUUAGACGAUAGUAUUAAAGAAGGCUAUCUUCAUGAAAACCUGACUAUUCAAUCCUUGAUCAGAGUACCGCCUGAGUCUAGUGACAAUCAGCAAAAUCAGCUUUAUGGUAUUUUGAAACGAUUUGAAUUUACUUCAGAGUUAAAGCGUAUGUCGGUCAUAAUUCAUAAUGACAAAACCAGAGAUCUAGAGUUGGUUAUGAAAGGUGCUCCUGAAACAGUUAUACAUUAUUGUAAUGCCAAUUCAGUUCCGGAUGAUUUUCUUACCAUUUUGGAAUCAUAUACGAGUCAAGGGUGUCGUAUUCUAGGUUUAGCGCAUAAACCAUUAAAAUCUGACUUGUCAUGGCAAAAUAUUAAGGAAUUAUCUCGUCAUGGUUUGGAGCAAAAUAUGUCUUUCGUCGGACUAUUAAUCUUGCGAAACAAAUUAAAACCUGAAACGUUUAAUACCAUUAAGGAUUUAGCAGUUGCUAAUAUCAGAACUGUGAUGAUUACAGGCGAUAAUCUAGAGACCGCUAUUAAAGUUGCUGAGGAAUGUGAAAUUAUACAAACCUGUGACAAUCUGGAUUAUUUAGCAGUUGAAGAUGUAGACGACGAUCUAGGGAAACCAAAUCUGAUCUAUAAAAGACUAAAGUCUUUCAGAGAGGACCAGCUAUUAGAAAAAGGAGCCAUCUUUGCUCGCUGUUGUCCAAAACAGAAAGCUCAGCUAGUAGAAUUUUUUAAGGAUUUAGGUUACUUUGUUGGGAUGUGCGGUGAUGGAGCCAACGAUUGCGGGGCUUUAAAAGCGGCACAUGCUGGUAUAUCUCUAUCAGAAGCAGAAGCGUCUAUAGCAUCGCCCUUCACAUCCAAAAUCGCAAACAUUUCUUGUGUUAUAACCUUGAUUAGAGAAGGUCGAGCAGCUCUGACAACAUCCUUUAGCGUUUUUAUGUAUCUUGCUCUUUCCAGUAUGAUUCAAUUUUUAACAAUCAUGAUUUUAUAUUGGUUUGCUGCAGUCCUAGGAGAUUUACAAUUUCUGUACAUAGAUUUAUUUCUGGUAUUUUUUUUUGUACUUGCAAUGAGUAGGGCAUUGCCAUAUCCGAAACUAUCUCCACUUAGGCCAAACAUUUCCCUUCUAAGUUUAGAAACUCUGGUGACUGUCUCAGUACUGAUUACUAUUAUUAUUGCUGGUCAAGCCUUUAAUUAUGUCUUUUUAGCUGUACAACCUUGGGUUAUUGAUGCUUACGUUGACAUCGUCAUUACUUAUAACUACAAUAUUAGUUAUUUAUCCUGGUCAAGCACUACAGUCUUUCAAGUAUAUCUUGGACUUUCCUUAAUGUUUAAGGCAUUCAUCAAAACAAUGAUCAAGAUAAUUGACGAUUCAGCAUCAAUAGGUUCAUCUAUGAGACCUAAAGUUAAAAUCUUAUAA